GAUGUUUGAGGCCCAUGAGAUUGUAUCCGUACAGGAUAUCAUCAACGGGAAGGUCAGCAUUGGUCAUCUAUCCGAGAAGUGCUACAUCCACAAACAAGAGGACAAAGAUAUGUUUUGUGAGGAUUGUAAGGUCCACGUCUGUCUCAAGUGUGUGAUCGUCGGUCAUCAAUUUCACAAAAUCAAGAAUCAGGCUGACUUCGAGCAGCAGUUACGGCUUAAGGUGAACGACCUUGUCCAGCGAUGUGCCGCUAAGAAGACAGAACUGGAGAAGAACAUUCAGAAUGUGAAAGUACAACGCCAUGAAGUGUACUCUGCCGUGCAGAAACUACUGGACGAUGUCAGUGAAGCCUACAGCAUCAAGGCUAAAGAGCUUGAAGAAAAUCAUCAAAAUCUCAUCGAGCAACUCAAUUCAGUAAAGCAGAGUUUCGAGGACGACCUCAACGUCUUAAAAUCCAAGGAUCGACAGAGGAUCAAGAGUAUUUGUAGUUCAAUAACACUGGUAGCUAAUGACAGACUGGGUCGUCUUGAGACAGACAGUCUGUCUGCUCAUAUCUUGCUAUGUGAUGAGCUGGAUGCCAUGCUGAAGGAGGCUACUGAUCACACUUCUGCGGCAGCCAUUACAAAGAAAGCACAAGAGAAGAGGUUCAAGCCUGCAGAUAAAAGUCGUCUUGACCUCGGGAGCAUCUUAGAAUCAGAUCCUAAGGUUCAAGUCAUUCAGUGUGUAGAUCUAAGGGGAGAGAUGCGCGGUAUGACCCAGUACUCUGAUGGUCGUGUGGCGAUCGGAUAUUUGAAUGACGAUGGUAUAGAUAUCAUUGAUUCAAUUGGUAAACAGGAGCAGUAUGCAAACAUACCAAGUAACGUGGAGUGUUUUGAUAUUGUGUUUCUACAGGACAGGUCGUUAUGCAUAUCGACGUUUCAAAGCAGUGAAGCACACAUAUAUUCUCCCAACGGAUCCAGGAAAUCAACCAUCCACGUGAAAGGCAAUGGCUAUUCUUCCAGACUAACAGGAGUCCCUCAGAUGAAAUCCUCAUCAGUAACAGAGAGAAGAAAGUCUACAUCUAUGACCCGACUGGAUCCACUCUCAAACACACUGUUCCAACAAAACACAACGAUACGAGCCAGGUAUCUGCUACCAGGUCGGGUUUGAUCGUCACGAGUUCAUGUUAUUACACCAAUCCA